GUUCCCGCCCCGGCCCCGCCUCCUCCCUAGGCUCACGCGAGCUGGGUGUUUCCUGUCUUUCUUAGUCCGGGUUUGGAGACUCCGGCGUCCUCCGGCUUUUCAUGGAAGAGAUGUCAGGAGAAAGUGUGGUGAGCUCAGCGGUGCCAGCGGCUGCGACCCGCACCACUUCCUUCAAGGGCACGAGCCCCAGCUCCAAGUACGUGAAGCUGAACGUGGGUGGAGCCCUGUACUACACCACCAUGCAGACGCUGACCAAGCAGGACACCAUGCUGAAGGCCAUGUUCAGUGGGCGCAUGGAGGUGCUCACGGAUAGUGAAGGCUGGAUCCUCAUUGACCGGUGUGGGAAGCACUUUGGUACCAUACUCAACUACCUUCGGGACGGGGCGGUCCCCUUGCCUGAGAGCCGCCGGGAGAUCGAGGAGCUGCUGGCAGAAGCCAAGUACUACCUGGUCCAGGGCCUGGUGGAAGAGUGCCAGGCAGCCCUGCAACAGAACAAAGAUACUUAUGAGCCUUUCUGCAAAGUUCCUGUCAUCACCUCAUCCAAGGAAGAACAGAAACUUAUAGCGACUUCAAAUAAGCCAGCUGUGAAGUUGCUCUACAACAGAAGUAACAACAAAUACUCGUAUACCAGCAAUUCUGACGACAAUAUGUUGAAGAACAUCGAACUGUUUGAUAAGCUGUCCCUGCGCUUUAAUGGAAGGGUCCUGUUCAUAAAGGAUGUCAUUGGGGACGAAAUCUGCUGCUGGUCCUUCUACGGCCAGGGCCGCAAGAUCGCUGAAGUCUGCUGUACCUCUAUCGUCUACGCCACCGAGAAGAAACAGACCAAGGUGGAGUUCCCCGAAGCCCGGAUCUAUGAGGAGACCCUGAAUAUUUUGCUGUAUGAGGCCCAGGAUGGCCGGGGGCCUGACAAUGCUCUCCUGGAGGCCACGGGUGGGGCGGCCGGACGCUCCCACCACCUGGACGAGGACGAGGAGCGGGAGCGGGAGCGGAUCGAGCGCGUGCGGCGCAUCCACAUCAAGCGCCCGGACGACCGGGCCCACCUCCACCAGUGAGCCGGGCGGGGGGCCCCCGACGGCACCCCGCCCGCCCCGCUCCUCCCUGCUGUGCACUCAGAUUCCCCGAGAGCUCCCGGGCCUCCCACUUCCCUCCGAGUCCGGAGAGACUGCAUAAAAAGCCAGAUGACGAUUUUGGUAUUUCUCGACCAGGUGAAUGGAUUGUCCUUACCCAGGUGAACGCACCCCUGCUAUUGAACAAGCUGGGUCCAAGGUCUCUGCUUUCCUGAGAAUCCGAGAAGCACUGGAGCCAGGCUUUCCUGGUUCUGGAGGAAGAGGAUGAACGGGUGUGGUGUGUAUGUGAGAACUUGUCUGCAGUAUUUAUUUCUGUGGGUGUUGACUGACUCUGAGCUUCUUGGGUCGCCUUCCCUCCAGGGUUCCGUUGGUCAGCUCUGAGACAGGUCCUGUAGUCGGUGGUCACCAGUGGUGUCUGCAAGCUCGGUGUUUCCUAACUCCACCCCAGCACCCUGGCCCCAUUCCCGUGCCCGGCACAGGCUCCACGGCUUUGCGAACAGCCCAUCCCGCCUUGGGCAUCGAUCCUAGAGCUUGUUGGUGAAGGAACCACAGCUCGUAGCAGUGGAGAUACCACCUGAGGGUUCCUGCCUCUCAGCCGCUGUGUCUGGUGUGGCUCUGGAUGCCCAGCUCUGUUGAAGGGGCAGGCCUGUUGCCCCUUUGGCUGAUCUGUGGUCUGGUGCUUGUUGGGACCCCGCAGGGUCCGGCCGAGAGCAGAGCUGCCCCUUCCUCUGCCCUUCUUGUUGACCCACUCCAUUCCAGGAAGGCUGCCUGGCCUGCUUAUGGGCAUAGCGCACAAACCCCUGCCCGGUGGGCUCCAUUCCUUCCUCCUUGGCCUUAUGCCCCGUUGAGCGGGGCUUACUGCCCCCAGCGGAUGCCCUGCCCUUUGCUUAGAAGAAAUUAAACACGGCCCCAGACUCUGUUCUGGCGUCCAGAUAGGACCACUGCUCACACCAGCAGCCUCAGGACAGCUCACCUGCUGUCAGUGCAGCCGUUGCCUGGAGAUCCCUCCCUGUCUCUCUGAUUCUUACACAGUGUGGAGUGGCCGUUGGUGAGCAGGCGGAGAGGACGUGCAGAUCCUUCUGGGUCUGGUCAGUGUGCGUGUUCAUGUUUGUUUAAGGGAUGUGUGCGACUGUGGAUGAGGAUGUGUGCCCAUGGCGCCUGGGUGGCCCGCGCUGGAGCCCUGCUGUCUGCACGGCGCUCGUGUGGGACGGACGUUCUCGGUUACCUACCUCCCCGUCUCCGCGCCCGUGACGCACAGAGGGAGGGGUGACGAAUGUGGGUGGUUGAGACUAGGCUGGUAGAGUAGUUGCAGGGAGAUUCGGAGGUGUGUAAGGUAUGGAUGGGUUUUGUCUGCUAUUUAAGGGAAACGUUACCAUUUUAUACCAAAGGUAUUAAUAUGGGCAGCCUUUGAUACAGUGUAUUCGAACAAAACGAGUUUAUAUUUUGAAAUGGUUUUUACAGCUUAGACUUUGUACAUCCUGCCCUACUUGUGACAGUUGUAUGCCUUUAUUUUGUAUCCAGCAGCAAAGCCUACAAUAAAACUUUAAAACAAUCAUGACCCAACCUAAAAAUCAUGUAUCGGGUAGAUGCUUUUUAAACUGUUGUGUGGGAAACUUUCAUAUUAGGCCAUUUGGAUUUUAUUAAGUGCUGUGGAUGGGAGGGGAGGGGGCGUAAAUAACGUUUUGUAAAUAUUUUAUACUGUUUGUUUUAAACACCAACCCUGCUGUUUGGGUUGAACUUUUUUAGAAAGUUAAAGUGAAUGUCAGUUCUGAUGUUUUCUGUAGGAAUGGAAAAGCCAUCAUGUAAGUUCUGUUUUUCAAAUGUUUACGUGAAGAGUAGCCAACUGUGUGGAACAGUCUGAUUAGUGGGGGCUUCUACACCUUACGACCAAAUGUUUCUGGCCGCCUCUCUACGUUCACAUUUCCUUCAACUUUGCACUUGUAGUUUGGAGUCUUUGCUUCCCUGGGAUAUGAACAAGCUCAUGAAACAUUCCGUGAAACGCCCAGCACAGUCCAGCCACUGAACUGAAGUGCAGUUCACAGGAAAGAGAGCAGAGCAGAGAUCCCACCUUCUACUUCACCACCUAAAGGUUGCUGCUCAGGGUGGAAAAGAUGAGUCAUUUUUCCGUAGUGUUUGAACUCAAACACUGGAAGGAAGUCUUGGGUGGAAAUGCUGCCGGGCUUGUGAAACAGCAGUCGGCUGCAGUUGCCUCCGAGUGCAGGUCUGGGGUGGGGAGAGCUACACCUCACCAUAUGGAACCUAAAGCCGUGAAGGAAUUUGGGUGUGUUUCUGAGUUUCAUUCAUUUAAAGCAAAAUUCAGACUUUGCAGCUUUACGCUCUCAGACCACGUAUAAUACUUCAUUGUGCCUCGGGCAGCAUGACAAAAAGAGAGUCUGUCAUCCCCCCGUACUGACAUGUUCAAGUGCCCGUCAAGUGUAGGUCCUAUUGGGGAUCUUUAAAAUCACCCCCUUGGGUGACUUGAGGUUGGCUCCCUAAAGGGAACAUGUAGGGCGACAGAACACCUGAGGGUUUGGCCUUUGGCAUAAAAUGCCCCUCCGCUUCUUCAGGGACGAUCCUUUUCCUAGAGCUGCUGGAACCUUUGCUUGAAGGUGUCGCUAACUGGACCAAAUUCGAGCUUCCUGGGUGCUUUCCUCAGUUGCCGCAGAAACGGCGAUGGGAGCGAUCAGACUUCCCCCUCCAUCAGGACUUCGUGCGGACCGCCACCUGGGGAAGGUACACGCUCAGCUUUAGAGGUCUCUCCUCUCGCUCAGGAGGGAGCAGUUGGCGGCACAGCCGCCCGCGUGGUUGAGGGGGACGUGGACAAGCUGCGAGCAGCCAAGCCCCGCCACCCACGCCGUCUCCUCCUGCCCCCCCCGCCCGUGAGACAAGCCACGUCUAGAAAUGGGCUCACUGAGGCCUCUCAGCUUCAGCCUCAGCCAGCCAGGGAGGAAUGGGGCUAAGUUUUAAGACAGCACGUAAACUGAAAAGUCAUCUUACACUUUACAUUAAAAAAUCAUGCUUCAGUAUUUUAACUAGUCCCCAGAGGAAUGAACUGUGUUCGGGGGCAAUUACGUGUACUCUUUGUCCACAAAGCAAUUUCCUCGUUAAAUGUGUAUGAGACAGUCCAUGUUGUUAGACCA